AUGGCCCAGCCGGUGGAUCCCACUCAAACCACAGGAUCCCUAUACUUCAUCCUCUGGGUUCUGCAUCCCACAUCCCACCUACUGGAUCCCAUGUUUCCCUGUCUCCCUUCCUCUCUUUUCUCCCCACUACCCACACACACACACUGGGUCCUAGACCUCCAUGUCUUAACCACUGGAUCCCCCACAACUCAUCUAAUGAAUCCUGAAACCCUAACCACAGGAGCACAUAUCCCUUUAUCUAAGCACCCAGACCCCAGCUCCCUCAGGCACCAGAUCCAGUGUCCUACAGCACUAGAUCCCAGAUCCCCAGCUCCACUGGCAGAUUCCAGACCUCCACACUCCAAUCCCUGGAUUCCCAAAAUUGGCCACUGGAUCCUGAAUAUUAAGAAACCUCAGCCACCAGUUACUGGCCAUGUAAUGCCCAGAUCCUGGGGCCCCCACUACUGGAUCCUAUAUCCCCUCAUUCCAGCCAGUGGACUCCUGACUCCCUUUACCUCACUGGGUCCCAGAUCCCUCUGCUUUGACUGCCAGAUCCCUAUAUUUAAACCACUGUACCCUCAGCCCCUAGCCCAUGGGAUUCCAGAACCACAAGCCCUGAGACACCGGCUCCUGGCUCCUAAAACCACAAUCACGAGAGCCCAGUGGCAGAGCGACUGGGUCCUGGCAACUGCAGCUGUUGGCUCUCUAAUCCCUUCACACAGGCCCUGGAUAUUGAAACUCCACCCUCAAGAAACAGACCCUGACAUUCCCAGGCACUGGCUCCCACCUCCUUAG